UUGUACUCUGAACUUCGGAGUGGGUAUCUUUAAAAUAAAUUUAUAUCAUCAUGGGACAGAAAUCCUUGUUUUUAGCGCGGUCAUUUCAGAAAAAUCGCUGAAAACGAGGUUCAGGGUAUACAUCUACGUUUAACUUAAACUAUUUAAAUCUAGCUAAAUGUCUAUUAAUGGCAAUAAUGUUAACGAAGAUCUAAAAAUUGAGAGAGAUGCAGUACUUUUUCAAUCCACUAAACUGUCUUGUUUGGAUCAAAUAGUUAAAGGUUAUGACUUUAACAGAGGUAUUGAUUGGCAGGCUUUAUUGGAUUCUUUUACAAAUACAGGAUUUCAAUCAACAAAUUUAGGAAUUGCAGUUAAAGAGAUCAACUCAAUGUUGGAAGAAAGAUUAAGACCUGUUAAGAUAGACCCGGAUAUAGAUCAAUAUUUUAAAUACCCUCCAGGCCGUUUGCGACCAUCAUUGACGCUUUUUCUUGGUUUUACUUCUAACUUGAUUUUUCGAUAUCUAUUAGAACAUAAUUUGGUUGAUUGUGUCGUCACAAGUGCUGGAGGUGUUGAGGAGGAUUUAAUUAAAUGUAUUCAUCCAACAUAUUUGGGUAUAUUUAUUUACAUUAACGUUAUUAUCAAGAGGAUAACACAUCGGGGUUCAUUUAAAAUGUCCGGUGCUUGGUUACGCUCUAAUGGCAUUAAUAGAGCAGGAAAUUUACUUAUUCCAAAUGAAAAUUAUUGCAAAUUUGAGGAAUGGUUAAUGCCUAUUUUGGACACUUGUUUAAAUGAACAAAAACAAAAAGGAUUUCGUUGGACACCUUCAAAACUUAUCAACAGACUCGGAAAAGAAAUUAACGAUAAAAAUUCAAUUUGUUAUUGGGCAUGGCGUAAUAAUAUACCAAUUUAUUGUCCAGCAUUAACUGAUGGCUCUUUAGGAGAUAUGCUAUAUUUUCAUUCAAUGAAGAAUCAAAUGGAUGGUUUAAUAAUUGAUAUUGAUCUUUGUCAUAUUAAUUCAAUGGCAGUUAUGUCAUUUAAAAGUGGAGUAAUAAUCUUGGGAGGCGGAGUUGUCAAACACCACAUAAACAAUGCUAAUUUGAUGAGGAAUGGUUCCGAUUAUACAGUUUAUGUUAAUACUGGACAGGAAUUUGAUGGUUCAGAUUCUGGGGCGGAACCAGACGAAGCUGUGAGCUGGGGAAAAGUAAAAAGUGAUGCAAGGACUGUGAAAGUUAAUGCCGAUGCAACAUUAGUUUUCCCUCUUAUUGUUGCCAGAACAUUUGCACGAGUUAUCGAGGAAAGGAAUAUUAAGGAAGGUGAAAAAUAAA